AUUUGAUGAGAGGCUGAGGUUUUACAGACGGCUGGCGGCAGCGCUGACGGCAUCGGGCCUCUUCUCUUGACGAUAUGUCAUUUGCAGCUGUGUGGAGGCCGCCGGCUACCACCUGAGGAGUGAGCCAGACACACAAGGAUGGAUGGAUGGAUGGAUGGAUCUCAUCUCCCUCGCCCUUCUCCUUUGGUGCAGGUGGUUGAUCUGUGCCGACGAUGGACGUCAGUAGCGAUGGCGGCCCGGCGCCCUCACGAGGUGAUGACACACUCACACAUGCAACCACACGUCGACUGAUGGCCGUCAGCCGCCAAUAGUGUCAUGCCUUGUGCGUGGUGAUGGUGUGAUGCAUUCAGGGGAGGAGGGCGGAGGAUCAGGUGGCGAUAAGGAUAGCUUGCGGGAUGUCAUAGACAAGAUACACUCGGUGAGAGAAAGAUAGAGAGGGGAGGGAUGGCAAGCUGCCCCAUAUACUGCAGCGGUUCGAUUGUUGGCUCUGCGGUGCGCAGGUCACCUCACGGAUGGCCGAGAGCUCUCAGGCGGCGAAGGUGAGGAUAGCACAUGCCGACUCCAAUAAACAGGUCAGCACAAACACACACACAUACAUGCAGCCAGCCAUGUGCCCACACUCACUCAUUCCUGUGUACUUUGCAGGGCUGUGCAACGUUGGCUGGCCGUUUGUCUGGUGUCCUGAAGACUCUCACAGACGUCGACUCGAUGCUCAGCGACGAGCUGGCACAGAUUCCCAGCGUCGACCACAACACAACAGUAGGAUGAAGCGACCAAUAGGAGGGCACACACGAGCUGGUCACUGACCUGCAUCUGUCUGCGUCUGCCCAUUUCAGCGAAAGGGCGGUGACCGCAAGACGUUUCGGUGGCUGUACAAUGUCAGCGACAGUCGGACGGCGGGCGUGUCUGAGAGUUCGGACGAGACCGACAGGGCAGCGCAGCACAGCAAGGCGGUAUGCACGUGCUCACACAAGGAUACGGUGCAUCCGCGAAAUGGACCAUCUCGUGGGAUCAGGUGUCUGUUGGUGAUGGGAAGCGCUCACGGGUCGGGACCAGCUCGCCUGCUGCUGCUGGUGCUGCUGCUGCCAGUAGUGAUGGAGGUACGCAUGAGCACCGGCCCACCAAAGGCAGCAAACAUCGUUAUCAUCGCGCCUUCAGGUUGUUCGAUUGGCGCAUCUGAUGCAACAGCAGCAGCAGCAGCGAGACUGCGGGGAGCGCAGUCUCGCCAGCUCACACAGGUGAAACACACAUAGAUAAGACCAUCUCCAGCGCAUACAUGCCUUCUCCUUCUGUUGUGUGUGUGUGUGUCAGGAUUACGGCCGGCCGUGUCUGCCUGGUCUGCCCGAGGGCGUCAUGGGCCACAUGGGGUCGUUCAUGACGACGAGGACGGCGACAGCUCGCCUGACGCGCGUCAACAAGGAGACCCGCCAGAAGGCCACCGACGACACCUUCGGCGUAUUCCGGCACUUCAGUAUGACGAAGGACGAGGAGGCCAAAUACCAGGCCAUUCGCAAGCUGAAGGACUUGAAGCACCUGGUGAGAUGGGGAGUGGAGUGCGCGACAUUUGUUGAUUUGAUCACCCCUGUCUUUCUGUGUGUGUGCAGGGCAAGAUCCGGACAGCACAUGUGGAGGCGUCCGGUGUGGUGCCGUGUGUGGUCGAGCUGCUCGAGAGGUCCUCAGCGACGCUAAAGGAGCUGUACGUGUCGCCUGACGACAAGGUCCACAACGGCGACACAUACGUAGAUAAAGACGGCACACCCAUCCCACCGGCGCGCCCUGCCGGGGUCGCAACACCCUUUCCCAGCCUCACACAUAUGAACAUUCAGUCCAACGUGUGGCUCGACCACAUCAGGUACUGCAUCGUAUCGACCGACACAGACAAGGGAGAGCAACAAUUGUUUACCUGACACAUAACAUACGUCGUUGUGCUGAUUGCUGGCGUGCAGCGUCCGUCGGUGGGCCCUCCCAGCCCUCACGAGUCUUCGAGUCAGCAAUCCUGCCCAGUGGGAUGGGUCAGCUCCCGAGUGGAAUGGGUCAUUGGCGUCCCUCAUGCACCUUGUCGAGACGGCGCCCGCGAUCGAGCGGCUGGAGGCCGAGCGUAUCUGGUGUGACGACAGUAAGUGGGGUGAGUUCACCGCUGCCCUCGGCCGCUGCCCGCAGAUCAAGACCAUCGCCGGCCUGGAUGUCGGGUUCGGCCGCCUCAAUGCGCUCAAGCAGGCCCUCGACCGUCACUGGGCCAAACCAGAGAAAAAAGGUGACUUAAUGAAGAGCUGAGUCAGACCUCAACGCGUCUUAUUCUCCUGCUCCGUCCUUUUCUAAUUUGCAGCUGUGCGGAAGAAGCUGGGGCUCGUCGUGUCUAGCACGAUCAUCGGCGCGGACUGCAGGGAGGAGGCGGCCGACCUAGGGGUCACCAGCAAGUGGGCGGCAGAGGUGAACUGUGAGCUGGAGUGGCGGCCUGCAGGCGAGUUGGUCAUCGACUGCAGCGAGGAAGCGAGUGCUGCUUCUUCUGCACCUCAUGGCGUGUUUGGGGAGGUCGUUGGACAGCUCGUGGCCAAGGCGACUAGUGUAAGGAGGGGAGGCAAGAGAGGACGUCAGGCAAAGCAGCGAAUGAGUGUGCGUCCUUUGUGCCUGUGCAGGUUACUUUGAGGCUGGGCGGCAGCCCCCUCCACCCGUCAUGGCGUGACAAGCUUAUCUUCCCCAACGCCAAAUCACUCAGCCUCCAGCCCGUGUAUGGCGCCAGUACCUCAGCGGUGGUCGCGAGCAUCCCCGAGUGGCUGACUGAGAGGGAUGGAGCGGGGCAGAUCGCCGCGAGCCGAUGCUUCCCGGCUGUCGAGCAACUGGACAUGUAUUUCCAGUUUCUCUCCUUCUCUGACCUGCCCUCUGCCCCAUCCAAGCUGAGCCGUCUUGUCGGGGGGCUGAGGGCUCUCAAGAGGGUCGCCUUCCGCUGUCUGUCUAGCUUAGCCGUUGGCUGUGAGCUGCUAUCGUAUGUGUCUGUGGGGCAGCUAGAUGAGGUUGAGAUAGCCGAACCUCUGUCUCGCGAGUGGCCAGCCAGUGUGCCAGCGGAGUGGAACUUUCGCUCGCCUCCCAUAGAGCGCCUGGUUCCCCCCCAUCCCGAUGGAGUCCUCGUGGAUGAGUGGCCUAGCAAGGCAGGUGUGCAGUCAUUUCUGCAGCUGGUGUCGACACUUCGCCCAGCGAGUGUCGACCUCACUGCAACGCUGCGUGAUCAUGAGUUGGAGGGAGAGGACGGGGCGUCGAGGCUCCAGGCCGCCCAUUCAUUCGCGUGGGAGUGCUACGAUCGUACUAAGGCGCUCUACACCAUGACGGGCGGGUCAUGUGAGCAAGUCAGUCAGGAACGGCACCGUCUCACCAUGCAGCUGGCUGCCAAGUGAGUCAAGUGGGUGGGGUGGGGGGCGGGGCGGGGCGGGUGGCCGCACGUGUUGCUCUUGUACAGUCUGUCUGUGUGCAUAGGUGGGUGGAUGGAUGCAUGGAUGGAUGGAUGGUCCGCAUGUGUUGACACUUCGGUGGGCUGUUUUGCUCAUAACCAAGCUGAUAGUGUGUGGGGCCUGAAUCGUUCUUCUCUGCUGCCUGCCUGACUCCGCCUUUUGCUCGGCUGACCACCGGCAACACAGCCACCAGGUCGGCCGGCCGACGGGGGGGUUGGUUGGUUGGAAAGGACAGACAGCGGAAACACAGCAAGGCUGCCGGCUAACUGUGGUGGGAUAGAGAGACGUGCGCGUGAAUGAGAGAUGAGGAGCUGCAUGCUGCCUGGCCUGCGGUGAAGACCUUGACCAUGCAAUGAAGGCAAUGAGUGGGUGGUGCAUGGGCAGGGGGCGUUUCUCUGCCGGUGUGGUCAUCAAGCACAAGCAGUUGAAUGAGAGCCAUUGUUCACACACACACGAAGAGGAGUCAGGCGGCUGUCCACCCCACACGCGGCAACAGCCAGCAGACCCCUCACACCACACACACACACACCUCCCCCUCCCUCCAUGCCCACUCCGCGGAUGCUUUUGCUUGUGGUCCACAAACAGAUAAGUUGAGCAGCACAAUCUGUGAAAUGAAUCUGGGUACGUGUGUGGAUUAAGAUCAUGCCUCUGUGUGUGUGUGUGUGGUGGGGCCCAUGCCGAUGUGGCGUCUCUGCUGCUACAGCAAGCCUCUCCCUAGCGCCCAGCAAUUGCGCUGGUACGGACGGACGGUCCGCCAACCAAAGCCAUGUCUGUGUGUGUUUCUAUCUGUCUGUCUGUCUGUCAGAGUUGCGGGGCAUCAAGAGCAAGGUGCUGAUGAAGAGACCCCAAUGCUGCUGCCACAAAUCAGAGGUGGUGCCGGAUGGAUGGACGGAUGGAUGGCUGCGGAGCGCCGGCUGUCGGCUGUGACGCCUACAGCUGCAGCCGCGUGUGUAUAUGUGUCGAGAUGUGUGUGAUUUGUGUGUCUGUCUUCAAAGGGCCCUUUCUAUUACUUCGGCGUCUGAC